AUGUCUCUGCGCAUCGGCCAAGUCAUCUGCGGGAAGAAAGCAAGUUAUCAAGUGAUGGAGCCACUGAAGAGUGCAACAGUCUUCAAGGCCAGAAUCCUGCCAGGGUCCGAUAUUAACAAAGAAUGGGCUGUAAUCAAGACGGCCAUUGGGGAUCUCGAGCGGGUUGCAUUGAGGCGCGAAUACAGCAACUACCAGAUCAACGCCUUUGCAUCGAACCAAUAUAUUCGAACUAUGUAUGAAGCCAUUGGCCCUAUUGACUCUACGGACACAUCCCCACAUCUUGUGUUCGAAUAUAUGGACACUGUUCUACGAAAGGUGCCAUCGAACAAGUUUCGCGACACCGAGCUACCCCGGAAUAUAUCCAAGUCCGUCCUUUCCGCACUCGAGGUGAUGAGAUCGCAAGAAAUGGUCCAUACUGAUGUGAAUAUCAAUAACGUUUUCAUUUCCAACCUGGGCGGGGAUUCACCCGUCGUCAAGCUCGGCGAUUUAGGCAUGGUACUGCGGGAUGGAUUUAACGAGCAGCGGCUUCAAAGCCUUCCGUCCCGGGCACCAGAGGUGUGGCAGGGCCAUGGCUGCUUUCAUUCUUCAGAUGUGUGGUCAGUUGGUGUUAUGCUGGCGCAAUGGGCUGCCUGGAAGAAUGUUUUUGGAGCGAGCGACAAGAUCAUUGAAGGCUAUCCCGAGGCGUAUUGCAUAGCGAAACUCAUGGCCCUUAUCGGUCCCCUCGGGGCUCCUACCGAUCAAUAUGCUCCGGAUUUUGAACUGGCUGAGCAGCUUCUUUCUAUGGACUUUGGACCUGAAUUCGGCAAAGUGAUCAAAGUCGGCAGGUUGCGUGAUGAGCUGCAGUCUGUUGCAAAUCCACCAGUGCCCACCGAGCUCGUUGACUUUAUCAUCUACCUCCUCACAGCAGAUCCGGAUCGGAGACCAAAUGCUUGCGACGCUCUCCGCCAUCCGUACAUACAGUCAAGUCAGUCAGACACUGAUAAUGGGACUAUGCAGGGCACCUCAUAG